AUGAAGACUAUCAAGGACCUCAGGGAGUUCAUUGUGAACAUCCCUUCUGAUUGUGAUGAUGAAGACAGUGUUGAGUAUGAGAAGCUAAGCCCUGAUGCUAUCAUCGAGGGGGGGCCUGAUCUGAAUAGGCUUGCAAACACCCUCACUGGAAAUCUGGUUAAGAAGUUGCCCAAGAAAGGAUUGCUUCCAUCUGGAAAGCUUACAUCAAAGUAUGCUUUUAGAGUGACUCCUCAGUUGGCCAAGAUGAUGUUCUUGAUUGGAACAAGAGGUAAAUUUGAUUUUGGAAAUCAUGUUUUUGAGAAGACUAUCAAGCAUGCAGGAUAUUUGGCUGUGAAGCUGCCUAUUUUAUUUCCUUGUCUUUUGUCUGAAUUGAUUGUGCAUCAACAUCCUGAUAUUGUGAGGGCUAAUCAGCCUCAAGGUAAGAAGCCUCUGCCCCUCAAUUUUGAUUACCGUUUGUUUGUUCGGACACAUGUUCCAGACAUUAUGUUGUUUGUUGAAAAGGGAACUUCCAGUGUUAGUGGCACUAAGGCACCUGGGCCACGCAAGGAGGAUAUUGUGGUUGAGUUGCAGGAGAUUUCCAAGACCUUGCAAGACACCAUUCAGGCAUGCAAAGUAAGGAAGCAUAAUGUGGAUCAACUCAUCAAGGCUCUCACUAAUGUCCCUGCUGCAGAAGCAGAAGAGGUUGAAGAGGAUGAGGAUGUUGAAGGUGGAGAAGAGGAAGCUCAAUAUGAAACUGUUGAAGAAGAAGAAAAAGAGCCUGGAGAAGAAGAAGAUGUGAAUGGCUCUGCCAAUUAUGCAACUCAUAGUGCAUCACUUCGAUUUUUGUCUUUGGAUGUAUUUGCUGAAGCCUGCUGGCUCUGUGACUUUUAUUCCCAUGGUCUAUACUAA